CUUCUUUCCCCCAAGGCUUGUUGUGACUGCGUGUUUCAAUCACACGAUUUGUUAGGCAACCAGUGACUUACAGGACUCCCCUCUACCGACCGCUCUUUCCUCUUGUCGCUUAUGUCCAAACACGCCAGGCGCAAAGCUUCUCCACAGCUUGUCAUUGCACGUCCCUCUACCCUCUUCACACGUUCAUCCGUUUUCCGUUUUCUUUCGACAAGUCAUGUUCUCCGUAAAAUGCCCCAUUCAUUGGUGACCAUUGACCAGUCAGCAAAGCUUCGACCAUGGGGUCUGGACAACUAGCCGCCUCACACAGGCGGUGGUGGCUCACGCUCAAUGAUUUUAACCUCGAGCCAGACCACACUCGGUCCAGCCCCAGAGGGGCUACCAAAAAUACACAUGGGUAAGACCACAACACCCACCAUUCACAACAAGUCAUGGCUUGCUUCAGCCUCUCUUCCGUUCCUGUUCUUCCAUCGACUAAUCGCCAAGUACAGGGCUUCCCUCUGCCACGAUUUUAGUACAGCUUACUGCAUACCCUCUCUCCAAAGGUGCGCCAUCAGAUUUGUGGAUCAGCUCAGAACAACGACACUGUCAGCCUCGACCCUAGCAUUAUAAAGGCCAUUGGAAGGGCGGGGUCAGCAGGUAGACCAUGCUUUCGUGUAACUACUACAACUUUCUCUCUUGCUACGUCUGUUGAUUCAACAUGAGGGCAGCUCUGGUGUCUGCCAUACUGAGCACAGUAUUUGCUCACGGUGCCCUUGCCCAUCUUGGUAAAUGGGUUGGAGGUGGCGAUUGUCCAUGGGGUGACAGAAAGGCCUCGAACACACAUCCUGCUGAUUUCCCAGAUACAGGUGUGACCAGAUAUUAUGAUUUCACCGUCGCUAGGGGCUCCUUUGCCCCUGAUGGUGUACAACAGUCAAUGAUCGUCAUUAAUGGACAAUUUCCUGGACCAUUGAUUGAAGCAAAUUGGGGCGACUGGAUCGAGGUCAACGUCCACAAUGAAAUUACUGGGCCUGAGGACUUGACCAUGUUGCACUGGCACGGUCUCAACCAACCCGGAACUCCAUAUAUGGAUGGUGUUUCCAGUGUAUCUCAGUGCCCCAUUGUCCCUGGCGGAAACCUGACGUAUCGAUUCCGAGCUGAUGAGCACGGGUCCACCUGGUACCAUGCUCAUUACUCUGCUCAGUACGUUUCUGGGGUAUAUGGGCCCAUGGUCAUUCAUGGACCCAACGACGUCCCCUAUGAUGAGGAUCUCGGUCCUAUCUUGGUGUCAGACUGGUACCAUGAUAGCUACGAACAUAUCGUUGACCUUGUCAUGCAGCCGACCAACGGUCCUCCUUUCCGUCCAGUCUCAGACUCCAACCUUGUCGGUGGAAAGGGCCAAUUCCCCUGUGAAAAUGUCACAAGUGGUGCCCCAUGCACGGUCAACCCAUAUGCUUCAUGGGAAAUUGAACCGGGCAAGACGUAUCGCGCGCGUUUCAUCAACACCGGUGCAACUGCUUUCGAAACCAUUUCGCUUGAUGGACAUACCUUUACUGUGAUUGCGAAUGACAUGGUGCCUAUCCAACCGUACGAUACCGAUUUUGUCACUAUUGGCGUGGGACAAAGAGUCGACGUCGUCUUCACGGCUAGUGCGGGAAGCGGCUCGUUUUGGCUUCGUGCCUUCAACAGUCCUUGUGGGGACACCAAUGGCUCUGACGGCCGGGGAAUCAUCUAUUACAAAGGAACCGACCCAUCUACUCCUCCCACUAGCCAAGGCAAGCAAGCACCUGAGAACCCCUUCUGCCAAAACGACCCUCUUUCACAGACCGUGCCCCAGUAUGUCAUGCCAGCGGCUGAGCCUGAUAUGACGAUUACCUUGACCAUUGGCGGUGCACCUGACGAAAAAGGCAUCUUCCGUUGGACGUUUAACGACAUCACCUACGAGGGGGACUUGGACACCCCGAAUCUCUUUGAGGCUAUCGCUGGCAUCCCCCUCCCGCCCUCACGAAACGUUUACCUCACAGACACCCAUGAGGUGGUCCGAAUCAUCGUUAUCAACACUCUGCCUGCGCCACACCCGAUGCAUAUCCAUGGACAUGAUUUCCAAGUGCUGGCUGAAGGGACAGGAACGUGGGACGGUGUGGUGGUCAACCCUUCGAACCCGCAACGCCGCGACGUGCAAAUGUCCCACGCAGGGGCGGAUCGAGGCCAGGGAACGACCAAUUAUAUUGUGAUCCAAUAUGAGCAGGACAACCCCGGUGUAUGGCCUUUUCACUGCCACAUUGCCUGGCAUCUUUCCGCAGGCAUGAGUAUCAUGCUCAUGGAACGACCGGCCGAAAUAGCCAAGAUCGAAGUCCCAAGCAGCGUCAAGGCAACCUGUGAUGCAUACAAGGCCUGGGAAGCCGCCAAUCCGCAUAUACCGGUUGAUGAAGGCCUCAGGAAGAGAGAUCUGGCCAAGCGCAUGGUUGACUUUAUGAAGGGCCAUACUUCACAUUCGGCCAAGCAUCAGAAGAGAGGGUAUCAUGGCUUUUCUCAUCAAGACCGUCAUGGUGCUUGGAAGGGUGUUGAGGAGCCGAGAAAAAGAGACGAGGUUUGAAAGGUCGUACUCGGCAGUAGGGGUGUCUGUUGCAUACUCUAUCGUCGUACAUAGUAUGGUCAGUAUAUCAUGUGGGAAGCCUCUCGUUGGAAGACUAGAGAGGGUGAUUUGGAACAACAUAGCAUAGGGUUGCAUGGGGAGCCGGCCAUUGUUUAUGCUCCCGGAAAAAUGCAUGCAUCACGAUUGAUAUCAUCUUUAUAGCAUUGACAAGCAC